AGCCUGCGCGUCUCUCCUCUCUCCAAGGCGUCUCUUCGCCCUCCAACCUCCACAGUUUACCCCCCGCUCCACCCCAUCCUCACCUCCCCUAUAUACUCCACCAUCAGCACCGCCACACCAGCAACCCCCCGCCCUCGCGCCUCCUUUUAAAGAACAAAUUCGGGGAUUCAAGCAUGCCACAACAGCAGUUAUAGGUGUCCGCCUAUCCUCUCCCAAAGUCACCGCAGGCGCCGCAGCGGGCUUCCCCCGUCCGAGAGAGCACGGAGACUCCACCGAGUGAUGCUACUGCUGCGGCGAGACCAGCAGCCAGCGACCGCGCACAUCUUUGACGCCUGCUGCUGCUGCUGCUGCCGGAGGACUAGACACCAAAGACUCGGCCCUUGACAGAAGAGAGAGGGAGAGUGAGAGAUAGAGAGAGAGAGCCUCCCCCCACUACUCCCCCCCCUCCCCCCCGCGGCUCUGCUCCCGUCCCGACUCCAGGAUGUCCGACUGCAGCGCCGACCGUCCCGGCGACCGGGUGAUCAAAUCGGUCCCCUUCCCCCUGGCCCACCGGCUGACCAUGAAGGAGGUGUUCGAUGCCGAGGGUCGGCCGCGCGUUGACCUGCUCAAAGCUCAUCUCACCAAGGAGGGCCGGCUGGAGGAGGCUGUGGCCCUGCGCAUCAUCGAUGAGGGCGCCGCCAUCCUGCGCCAAGAGCGCACCAUGUUGGACAUUGAGGCGCCAGUCACGGUGUGUGGAGAUAUCCACGGCCAGUUCUUCGACCUGAUGAAGUUGUUUGAAGUGGGAGGUUCUCCCGCCAACACACGCUACCUCUUCCUUGGGGACUAUGUGGACAGGGGCUACUUCAGCAUCGAGUGUGUGUUGUACCUGUGGUCACUGAAAAUCCUCUACCCAAAGACGCUCUUUCUUCUACGGGGAAACCAUGAAUGUAGACAUCUGACGGAAUAUUUUACCUUCAAACAAGAAUGUAAGAUCAAGUACUCGGAGCAGGUGUACGAAUCCUGCAUGGAGGCGUUUGAUUGCCUGCCGCUGGCAGCCCUGAUGAACCAGCAGUUCCUCUGUGUGCAUGGGGGCCUUUCACCAGAGAUCCACACACUGGACGACAUCAAAAAGUUGGACCGAUUCAAGGAGCCGCCGGCCUUUGGGCCCAUGUGCGACCUGCUGUGGGCGGACCCCCUGGAAGACUUUGGCAAUGAGAAGACCCAGGAGUAUUUUGGCCACAACACAGUCAGAGGCUGCUCCUACUUCUACAGUUACCCAGCAGUGUGCGAGUUCCUACAGACCAACAACCUGCUGUCAAUCAUCAGAGCGCACGAAGCACAGGAUGCUGGGUACCGUAUGUACAGGAAGAGUCAGACUACAGGUUUCCCCUCCCUCAUCACCAUCUUCUCUGCUCCAAACUACCUGGAUGUGUACAACAACAAAGCGGCAGUGCUGAAGUAUGAGAAUAAUGUGAUGAACAUCCGUCAGUUCAACUGUUCUCCUCAUCCUUACUGGCUUCCAAACUUCAUGGACGUCUUCACCUGGUCUCUGCCUUUCGUGGGGGAGAAGGUCACUGAGAUGCUGGUGAACGUCCUGAGCAUCUGCUCUGACGACGAACUCAUGAACGACGGAGAGGAGAUCUUUGACGCCAGUGCAGCUGCAGCAAGAAAAGAGGUGAUCAAAAACAAGAUCCGAGCUAUUGGGAAGAUGGCCAAAAUGUUCUCUGUUCUACGGGAGGAGAGUGAGAAUGUGUUGACCCUGAAGGGACUGACUCCUACAGGCAUGCUGCCCAGCGGAGUGCUGUCUGGGGGCAAACAGACUCUGCAGAGUGCUACCAUUGAGGCCAUAGAAGCCAUCGAGACAGUUAAGGACGCCGAAGCCAUCAGAGGCUUCUCCCCGCAGCAUCGGAUCAGCAGUUUUGAGGAGGCCAAAGGUCUGGACCGGAUCAACGAGAGGAUGCCACCGCGGCGCGACGGCGUCAACAGCGUGGGCCUGUCAAUGGGCCGCAUGAACAUGGGAGAGCCCAAUGGCACCGACAGCAACAGCAAUAUCCAGUGAUGGACUUACACUCCCACAUGCUCUGACACAUACCUACAGUUACCACACUGACACGGUACCAUAUUUAUAGAUACGUGUAUAUAGGCAUAUUAAAAAACAGCAUCUCACACACAGUAUUUCAUACACGGCUACAGACGACACACAUAUGCAAAUACACACACACAUGAUUACCUACUCCUUUUCCUGUUGCCCUCAGCUGUAUCUAAAGGCAUGAGCGUACCUGGACUUUACCACCAAAGGCUGAAUCUCCUCAUUGUACUGAUCGGCCAUAUUUAGAGAACUACAACUCCCAUGUAUCUGCACAACAACGACAGGGGGGGGGGGGAAACUGCUCCCCCAUGCAAAACAGGACGAGCUGCUGUUCAUGUGUGUUGGGAUCACCAGUGUAGGCAUGAUGUGGCUGUGUCAGUGUGUGUGUUUUGUCAGGUGGGGGGGGGUCAGGUGUUUGC